CUGAUGACGUAUCCCCGCUCACCCAACAUGGCGAAGAAACAACGUGGGGGAACGGGUUCGUCUUCGAAGGGCAGCGAAAAACCGACAGAAAAGCUCAACUUGGUGCUUGACUCCAGUGACGAUGAGGCUCCAGAGGAGGUCACAUUUGAGGACUCGAAAGCGGAGGCCUUUCGGAGCAUGAAGCAGACGCUGGACACAGCCAGAAGGGAGAAGGAGCUGCUGAAAGAGAAGAGGAGGAAGAGACAGGAGCUGUUCCAGGAGCAGAAGAAGCGGAAGCUCUUGCCGGCCGACGUGUUGGAGGAAAUCGACUCGACUCCUUCGAAGACACAGAAACAGUCUGAAAACAAAGAUGAAGAGGAGGAGCCUGAGGAGGAAGAUGAAACGAGGAAGAAGAAGAAGAAGAAAAGGAAGAGUGGGAAGUUGGCGCACUCCAGAAAUCUGAAGGGAAACUACACCGUGACGACCGUGAAGGAGCCGGCGGGGACGUCGUCUUUCCAGCAGCAGGCGGCCGAGGAUUUCCUCCAGUCCAGACUGUACGGAGCAGGAAGCCUCAGGACCACAAGUAACGAGAUGCUCUCCCUCCAGAACAAGAAGGGGAGGAAUAAAAGUGCAGCAGUGCAGUUUGUCAAGAAGGACUGGGCUUCUAAGGAAAAAGCCAAAGCAGAGAAGUUGAAGAAGAGAUGGAUCCACAAACAGAAGGUUCCUUCCUGCUGACGAGACAAACGGAGCCGAACGCCGUCUCCAGUGAAAAGUACGUCGGUCAAGUUCCAGAAACAUGGAAGACGACGUGGUUGAAGCUUCGUGGCGACUUUACAAAACAUAAAUGAGGUUUUUAUUACCUGAAAAACCUUUUAGGAGGUGGUUCAUCUGUGAUUAUGGACCGGGACGUUUUCCAAUAACACCGAAACUGGGUGUUGAGGUUGAGGAGCAGAAGUCAUUUAAUGGAGAAUGUUUGUGAUUCUGCUCUGGUUUUCUUUUUCUAUUUACUGCUUGAAUAAAUGUCCUUUAUCAUUUUCUGAA